AUGCGGCUCGGUGAGGGAGCAGCAGUCGCGGGCGCGAGCAGAAGGGCUCAGCGCCAGUUUGAGCGUCGCUGGUCAUCGCGGCGCGGGAGCGUGUCCUUGGUGCCGUGCGCGCGUCUCCGCGCGGACAUGCGGUUGCGCGGGCUGGGCUGGGCGCGCAACGUGCGGAUCAGCGGUUUGUGGCGCAGGAGCGUGCUGGCGGGGGGGCUGCGGCGUCGUCGUGCGUCCGCACCACCAGGUACCAUUUUUCUCUCCCGUUGCUGCACCACCAACCAAGUGAAUGAAAGGCGGCAUUGUGGCGUUGAGGCAGGCUUGAAUCGUCAACCGCUCCCGCACUCUCCUGCACCUUCUCCCACUGAGGACAUGACGCAGAGAUUCUGGUGCUGGACAACCGAUAAGGAUAAUCAUGCGGGUAAUCUGCGCGUGCUGCAUGACGCCAUGAAAUGA